AUGAGGACUCUAGAGCUGUUGGCAAAGCUUGUUGAUGUUGCAUCUAGUUCUGGAGGUUCGAAUAGAAAUCCCCACUCCACAGGACAUCCAGCCUGCAUUAGUGCCAUGCCUGUUGGAUCCUCGUCAGCAGUGCCGGUGAUUCCACAUGAGCCAGAUUUAGUAGCUUCACCGUCCUUUGUGGUUAAUCUGAAUUGCAGUUGUGAUGAAGUAGUUGGUGAGGCUGGACCGUUGGGGGCUGUUGCUUUCGUGACGCCCGGUUCUCCUGCGAUGGUUUCGGUUUUCGGAGAGGUUGGACCACCCGAUUGGGUUGAGGAUGCAUUACCACGCAAAAGUUUUCUCAUCACAUUGCAUGAUGAUGAUGAUGAUGUGGAGCCCGCCACGAUAGCUGAUGAUAGCGACGAUGAGACACCACAGACGACUCCAGCUGUAGGUGAGGAGCAUCUAGUUCAGGUCGGUCAGCAGUUUCAGGAUAAAGAGGAAGUCGUGUUCAGCGUGAAGACCUAUAACAUUCGCCAUGAUGUUGAGUACAAGGUAUUGGAAUCGGAUCAUUGCAAGUACUAUGGCAAGUGCAAGGAGUUCAGAGGCGGGUGCGCAUGGCUCAUCUGGGUUAGCCUCCGCCAGCGCAAAGGUAUUUGGGAGGUAAAAUGUUACAAUGGUCCUCAUACUUGCCUAGCCACAUCGAUCUCUAGUAACCACAGAAAGCUUGAUUAUCAUGUCAUAUCGGCCUUCAUACUGCCCAUGAUUAAAGCUGAUGCUGCAAUGUCGAUCAAGAUACUGCAGAAUGCCACAGAGGCACACUUUGACUUUUGA